AUGACUUCCAUUGAGGAAAAUGAAAUGUUUAUGGUUAAGCAGGCGCAAAGCGUGCGCAAAAGUGAUCCCAGCGCGGCCAAGGCAUGGAUAUUAACUGCCAAGACGCUCUAUCCGAAUGCAUUCAAUGUGCAAUACGAGGCCUACCUGCUGGAGCGCGACAGCAAGAACAGCGAGGAGGCGGCCAAGUGUUUCAGUGUCAUCGCCAGCAACUUUACCAAUCAGCAUGCAGAGCUGUGGCAGGAGGUUAACGCUCUGACCAAUGCGCUGCGCAACGAGACGGAAAACACGCCGGAGCAGGAGUUCUAUGUGAAGAUGUACAAGCAUCUGACGCCGGAGGUGCAGCACAAUAUAUUUGUGCACACGAUCAGCAAUUGUGGCGAUAAUUUACAGCAGUGCAUACACAGUUAUAUACUUAUGUUCAACAAGUUCCCCAAAACGGCGGCAACGCAUGCGCCCCGUUUGCUGGAGAUGCUUGCCGAGGGCAUGAAAGCCGAUCCGGAUGUGUAUCAGCGCAUGCUGGUGGAGGAGGUGCUGCCUUUGAUACAGAACAAGCCGCCAGAGCUAAAUCCGCUGCUGGCCUGCCGCCUGUACACCAACUCCCUGGAGUAUUAUCUGCGCCAGAUCAUGGACGAUGAGAAGUGCGACACAACGGAGGCAUGGAAAAACAUAUUCAAGGUGCUCAUGCUCUGCGGCCAAAUGAUGGGCUGGGAGGCCUUUCUGCCCUUCAGCAAGCAGGUCAAUCAGAAUGUCUAUUGGGAUAAAUUGGUGAAAAUUCUGCGCAGCAGUCCAGCUGGCAGCUCCCAGGUGCUGUUCUAUGCCACCACGCUGUUUAUCUACUCGCUCCACGGCUACAUACGUAAGCUGCGCAUAGAAGAUGCCGAUGUCAAUCAUGUGCUUGUGGAGGGCUUUAUUGACUGGACGCCGGAUGGUGGCGAAGUGCAGAGCAUGGACUGGACGCCGGAUGGCGGCGAAGUGCAGAGCAUGGAGCCGCCGAAAUUUUCGGCAACCACAGCAAUAAGUCAAGAGCUAUCCGAAGCCUUUCUCCAUGCCGCGCGCUGCUGGCAACUGCUCAACACAGAACAGUUCCAGCGCGAUUUUAGUCAACUGAUGCUGGCGCUGCCGCUGGCGCCAUGGAUAUCGCGCUUCCUCUUUGAUCUGGCCAUUUACUUCGGACAUCGCGAUGAGGCCAACAAGCUGAUGGCCGACAUGACCGCUCAGAGCACCCUGGUGCAAAGCCUGCAAAUACUAAGCUUGAAUCUAAUGCAGGGCAGCAUGACGCUUCAGGGCUUCCAGUGCAUACUGAAGAUACUCGCGGAGCUGCCCGCCACCAGUGGCCAGCUAUUGGAGAACAUCAGCCUGAAGAGCCACAGGCACAUGAUCUUUCUGCCGCUCACCAAAAUAGCGCUCAUCCAGUAUUGCACACGCGCCAUAACCAGUCGCCUGAGCCGCAUGCUUUUCGAGCCCAACUGCUCGGAUCGGCUGUUGGCCGAUCUGUUGGCACUGCUGCAGCUGAGCCCCGACAAGGAUGUGCUGCUGAAGCAACACAUCUUCAAUCUGAUCACGCAACGCAAAUCCUUCAAUCUGCACAUUCUGUCCAACUAUAUCAUUGCAACGGAUAUCAUCGAGGAGCUGGCCUUCAUAUGGAACUCGCAACAGCAGGACGAUGCCAAUUUUGAGCUAACCGGCUCGCCCACCGGUAGCAGCAGCAGCGGUGCAACUGGCGCCACAAACGCCGCAGGCGCUGCACAGCCACGACGCAUUGGCACACGCGGCGCCGACAAGGGCGCCCGCGAUGAGUUCAAGUCUUUGAUACGCCAGCAAAUUGCGCGCUGCAACGAAAAUGUGCCCAAUCUGGUCGCCAAUUUCAUCACACAAGAGCAACUGACGCUGGCCCAGCACAUCUUUGGCAUUGCGCCGCCCGUCGAAACAAUUGUCAUCAAGUGAAGCGAAUCUUGCUUGCACUGAAACAAACAUAUCUCGAAGCUUUUCAUGUAUUGUAAAUAUAAAUGUUAAGAUAGAUCGAUAUAUUUAUAAAUUUAAUUGAAAUCUAAAGUAUGCUAGAUAUAUGUAAUCUGCGAAAAUCAAUU